AUGGAAUAUCCUCUUCCACCCGGGAUGCAUGUCAUUCCUUCUCAAGUGCUUGACAUGCGAUCUGAUGUGGAUAUCGAUUUCGACUUGAUGCAUCCCCCGCCAGUAACGGGGACCAAGAAUGUCUGGUUCUUCUGGCACUCUGGCUAUGAAACAAUGCACCCAUACACGCAGCGCAAUGUACGGGCAUGGCACCGUCGAUUUAGCAAGCAAGGGUGGACUGUACGGGUCAUGGACCGUCGACCGGGAUCGAAAAGCAAUAUUGCCAACUUUCUGAAUGUUACCGACCAUACUACUUUCCCACGCGCCUUCAUCGAUGAAAAUCUCACGGGCUAUUACGCUCUCCAGCACACAUCGGACCUUGUGCGCUGGCCCUUGCUUUUGCGAUAUGGUGGUGUCUAUGCGGAUGUUGGGUUGAUGCAGAUUGGUGAUUUGGAUAAACUAUGGAACGAGACGAUCGCGAACCCUGACUCCCCUUAUGAAGUCCUCUCUUACACCGACACCAGUGAGAACUACUACAGCCUGACAAACUAUUUUCUUGCAGCAAUGCCAGACAACGCGCUCUUUGAACGUUGUCAUCGUCUUCUUCUUACUCUGUGGGCGGCAGAUGGCGGCAAAACUAGCACUGAUGGAAUGCAUGCCAGCCCGUUAUUACGCGGAACAACACUGAUGGGUGGGGCAUUCACCAUCACGGAAGAGGAUGGGACUUUUAUCGGACCCGAGGAAGUCAGUCGCAUGCUGACUGAUUAUAUCAUCCAAGGCCAGGUAGCUACGGCAGUUAUGGGACUUGUCGACCCCGAGAGCAACUGGGACGGGCCGAAAUAUUGCGUGGAACAUUUUUAUGCCAUCGAUUUCAUGGAAGGGUCGCAACUUAUCAACGAGCUCACAUCUUGGGAUGGACAGAAAGCGUUCGAUCUGAUGUCACUUUCUAUGCCCAAAGAAAAAGAGGAAGGCGAGUCAGAAGCGCAAAGCAAGGCUCGCGAGAUUGUCGAGGCUUGUCUAUCGCGUAGCUAUGGAUUCAAGCUUGCCCAUGGCCUCAUAUUGCGCGUUAAUAAGGUCACUCUUGGAUCAUUAUGGCGAGACAACCCGGGUUCUGACAUUGUGCCUGGAACGUAUGGGGCCUGGCUUCGACAUGGAAUUGCCUACUGGAAUCAAGAUGCUGUACCGGCUAGAGUGAAUCUUCCCUUGAUACCUCCUACAAAGGUUGGGAGAUUACUUCAGGAUACAGCAUAG